ACGGUAGUGCGCAUGCGCUUAAGAUGCAUCGCUUCUGUCACCUGCUGCUGGGGCUGCAGAUCAGACACGACCUACGGUGUUGUCCCAAUUACCCUGAGAAAUCCUGCUCGCUCUCUGUCCAGGGACAGGACAGCGACUGGUGCACUAAAGCAGGUAAAACUGAUUUCCUAACUGUAGCCGGAAGUGUAGGACAGUCUUUUACCUCUUGACAUUCAGUCUGCAACCAAUCAGCCAACAGGGCUUGUCCGUUUUAACUCAGAUUAUGCUCGACUCUGACCAUGCUAACAUUUACAGCAUCAUACAAGAGGAAACGUUAAUCAGAUAUGACCUUGUUCUCCUGACAGUCUUGCUUACUUGUGUUAAAUAUAAAGACAGCUGAUUGUUAAAAACACAAGGAGUCAAGGAGGCCCGAUGACUGUUGACCUAGCCCAGUUUGCUACUCGGGUUAGCCCCUCUAGCUGUUGAAUUAAAGCGUGCUGGCCCGUCGCAGAUGGGUUGACCCUUAGCUUGCUCUACAAUCAGUGAAGAAUAUCAGCUUUUUGAGCUCUUAUUUGCUGAUAAUAAUUGAGACUUAAUGUCUGCCUCAGCUUACAGUUACCGACAGAAGGCAUGCUAGGACAAGAAGCAAGACAACUGAGUGCAGAGGAGGAGUGAGCGCUGAUCAGAGGGUGUGUGUGUGUUUGCUGCAGAUUUGGACACAGACAAAUCAUGGAUUACAUAAUGUAGAUUUGUCUUGUGCUCAUGUCAUUUGACUCAAUCAAACUGUUCAGAUGACUGUUUAAGUCUUACUUAUUUUUAGUAUUAGUAUUAGCUGUAAAAUGUAAAUACCUCCUUAUUGCUUUCUAAUAUGACUCUGCUUAUUAAAAGUACACAGUAAUCAAGUGUGUAUUCAGUUCCCUGAAGUACAACAAAGAGACACUCUAGAUCAGGGGUGUCAAACGCAACCACAGCAAGGGCCAUGAUCUGGAUUUAGGUCGAACCUGAGGGCCAAACAGGGUCAACAUUUCACCAAAACUGUCAGCCUCCUUCUCAAAAAACAUGUAACAAAAAUAGCAAUGAUUACAAAUCAUCUGGAAAUUCAAAAAAGAUAAGUUUAAAGGCAAUCUGAGAUAGAAACAUUUUUAUUUAUUAGUUCAAAAGAUCAGAGCAUGAUAUUAGAAAUAGAAAAAUAAUGCUUUUAAAGAGCAAAUACAUGAGGAGAGCAUUGAAAUCAGGUAUAAAAAGUCAAAAUAUAACUUAAAAUUUGAAAUUGGGCUCAAGUAUAAAAAAUGAUACAAGUCUAAAUACUGAGUUGAGCAAAAUCAAAGCAUGAAAAAAAAAAAAGUCCAGUCAUGUUUCAAUCAGCAUCACAUGUUGCUAAUUCGCAACACUUGUCCACCGGAGGCUUAUGAAGUAAGAAAAUAAAAAGGAGAGAAAAAAAGGAAUAUGGUGUACAAUAACAGUACAACAGUACAAGAGAGACAGUUUUUCUUAUUAAAUACAUACAUAAGCUACAAAGCAAGGACAACAUGGUCAAACAAUCAGCCAGUUUAAGACAAAUCAUGUGAGCACUGUUGUUUUGAUUUUAGCCACUGUUUGAGUCCUUUCUUAAAUGCAUUACUGUUGGUCUCUAAUUACUGAGUAGUGGGUAGAGAGUUCCAAAGUUUUGCUCCCUUUACGAAAAGAGCAGACUGACAGAAUAAAGUCGUGUAUCUUGGGACAAGAUAAUCAACACUGGUUGUUCCAAAUAUUUUUGCCCUCUUUACAUUUGUUAACAAAGCUGAGAAAAUACAGGGAACACCUUUUAAUGUUACAAAUUCCAGAGCACAACCAACACCCACUGUGUCAUGAUGAAUGAUUAAUAUAAAGUAUGAUAAUAACCUGUCUGUUCAUGUCAAUAAAACUGAAAAUGUAGAAGCUUCCUGAAAGUAUAAUUUAUGGUAGGCUGUAAAAUUGGAUUUCAUUUACGCCCAAGUAUUGCGAUUGUUACAGUACAAUACAAUAUAAUACAUAAACCUUUUUAUCCAUUCAUCAUUAUGGCGAGUCAGUGUUUUAUUACCCUGUCACACUGACCUGAAACUCUGUGGAAGAACUCCCGCAGUGAUAUUUUGGGUCACACAUCGUGACCUCCAAUGACCUCACAGCUUUGCCUCAACUGUCUCUUCCUUGAUCUAUUUUAGACACCUCCCUGACGAUUUGCUUUACGUUAGUAGGGGCUCAGUUUCACCAUUGUAUGUUGUUUAUUUUGUUUCUUUUAAUGCAGUAGUUUGUUUUUUCAUGACGUGAGCUGCUGACCUCUUGGCCGGGUCACCCUUGUGUAAGAGAUGUUGAUCUCAAUGGGUUUUUAUCUGGUUAAAUAAAGAUAAAAUAAGUAUAAUAACAUAAUUAACACACUUUAUGUACUUUUGAGAAGUCAAAGAUGAAUAUUCAUCAAGGGGGACAGUAAGGUUGGUCUGUUAAUCCACCAAUCAAUCAAUCAAUCAAUCAAUGAAUCAGUUAAGACUCCUAUUUUUAUUCUACUUACUGGUGACUUUAAGUAGAUUUAUAUGAGGUAGAUAGGGCCUCUAGCUUUUCGCCUUAGUACUACUGAAUCAAGUGUUUUAUUGAACACUUGCUGUGUGAGGACACAGUCUCUCUAAAUGUAUAUUAAAUUAGCUGUCCUAUUGUCUUGUACCACUAAUAGCUGUUCCCUCUUUUCCCACUACUGGCCGUUGUGUAACAAGUCUUAUCAGUUACUGGUUUGGGCGUCCUGUUCAGACAAGAUGAAGGCAGACUGAUGAGGUUAAACAGUUUAAUCUGUUAAAGACAGCAUGAAGCAUGAAUAGACCAUUAAACUUGGUCUUAACAAAUAAAUUAUAGAGAAUAUUUAAGUAAACACAUGAAGUUAAUACUAGGCAGGGGUUCAAACAAAAGCACAGUUGUUUACAAGGUCCUGUAAAGUUGGCAAAAUUAUCGAGUAAUGAGUUUUAAUUUUAUUGGAUAUUUAAAAAAAUUGUAUUAUAUGAUAUUAAUUGGACAACAAAUUAGUUUAAUUUCUUCUUAACCAAAAUGCUUGCCAAGUGUGUUUCUCAGUCCAUAUUUUCAUGAAGGGCUCUUUCUGGGAAAGUAGGUCAUCACUUUAUCAUUAUUCUUGUAUUUUGUCUCUUUUACAUGAAGGCAAAUAACGGCCAAAGACGAGAUCGAAACUGUCAAUCAAGUAAAUAUAUCUGAUCUUUCUUUUCUUGUCCACAGGGUGUCUUGCUGUAAUGCUGAAGGGAUAGACUGUGGCACACUGAGCCUCCCAUGGCUGUAAGCACCAUGGACUCCGAGUCAGCCCGGACCCCUCAGCCCCAGGCUGCCCUGACCAAAGGAGGGCGCUCCCUGCUGCCUUUUGAUGCCCUUGGUGCCAAGCUGGGCCCUCAAGGGAAGCACUAUGUCUGCGGUUCUGUGGCAGCUUUUACAAACAUCAUAGUGACUUUUCCCAUCCAAAAGGUGCUGUUCCGCCAGCAGCUUCAUGGUGUUAUGGCGACAGAGGCGAUACGGCAGCUUCAGAGGGAUGGGCUGAGAAAUCUGUACCGGGGCCUGCUUCCUCCACUGCUUCAGAAGAGCACUACAGUGGCCAUCAUGUUUGGUCUGUACCAGGACUUCUCCAGGGUCUUACUGGACCAUGCAGGUGGCACUGGCGUGCCAGAAAUAGUCACGCGAAGCUUUGCUGCAGCAUUAGCAGGAACUGCAGAGGCAAUUUUGACACCGUUUGAGCGUGUGCAGACUCUCUUACAAGACCAUCGGCACCACGGCCGCUUCAACAACACAGCUCACACCUUCCGAACUCUUCUGACAGAGUAUGGUAUCAGGGAAUGGUACCGUGGCCUCGUGCCCAUUCUGCUCCGCAAUGGCCCAAGCAACGUGCUCUUCUUUGGGCUGCGUGGACCCAUUAAAGAGCAGCUUCCAGUGGCUACUAGUCGGGCAGGUCACAUGGUGAAUGAUUUUGUCUGUGGGGGGUUAUUAGGGGCAGCCCUUGGCAUCAUGUUUUAUCCAUUAAAUGUUGUGAAGUCCCGUGCUCAGUCUCAGGUCGGUGGCGCCUUCCAGCCUUGUAGACAGGUGCUGCUAACAGUGUGGAGAGAAAGAGGCGGCAGUGUGGCCAUGCUCUUCAGAGGGGCUCACCUCAACUACCACCGCUCACUGCUCUCUUGGGGGAUCAUCAACGCCACCUACGAGCUGCUGCUAAAGCUCCUAUGAAAGAGUGGUUAUAGAUGAAAAAUUAAGAUCUAAAAAGUAAGAGUAAGUAUUUAAAGGGAAACUACGUGUAGAGCGAUAGAGUCAAUCUGUUGUGAAGAAUGAAGAAAAUCAUAAAGCAGAUUGUAUCUGCUGUGGCACUGUCUUUUUGGAUGCUGGAGUUUCUAUGACUGAGGAAGAGCAGUAAAAUUGCACUUCUGACAGGGGCCAACACUCAGUAUGAGUUAAAACAACCUGCCACAUGCCGUAACCAUUUUCUGUUGUCAGAGUAUCAAAACACAAUAUGCACGCUAUAGCUUACAUACAUUUGUGCCAGGGUCCAAUUGAAACGGCCUUGUUUGCUCUGUGUACAAAAAUUCAGGAGUACAAAAUGAACUCCAGUGGAUUUUUCUCCGCAGCUACAAACAAAGGUUACUUGACUGGAUUAAGUGUUUUGUCGGAGACGCUGUUUCUCCAUAUUUGCUGUGUGCUGUGAUGUUCUGUAGACAAUGUCUGUCUAUCUUUUUGACCAAGAGCACUUUCUCUCUGAGGCUAUAAUCUGCCACUUAACACUUUUGUACUUUUUGAUCAUCUAAAUAUCCAAGAUUUCCUGUUGAGUCAAGUAAUAGUUGCUUUAUUUUACUUUUUUGCUUCAUUGCUACCAAUUCUGUCCAUACAUUGAUGAGAUCACAAAGAUUUGAUACUAAUUACUGUGAUGAUUAUAUUAAGGUUCUUGCUAACUCUGUGUAUCAGACACAGGAAGACAGGUUCACCUUUCACAUGUGAUUCAUCUUUGCCAAUUGGAACUUUGUCAAGCUUUUUGUUUUGGUUUAUUUUAUGAAGUGUGUGGCGGGAUCUCUAUGUUUUUUUGAAUUUGACAAGUGCCCAUUGAUAUACACUAUAUGUCAGUAAAACAUACAGCCGCACCCAGAUCUUGUGUGUUUUUAUAAUUUAUUGUGGAGAAGAAAUGAAUUUUGAUUUUCGUUUAAAAAAAAAAAAAAAAAUAGAUCCCAUUGAAACGGGUUUUCCUUGGUGUGAAGUUAGAUGUUUUAACAAAACUAUUCAGUCACAGAAAAGAGGACCUUUACUGUUGAUUUGACAAUUUACUGUCUCUGCAUUUGUUCAGUUCUCAGCUGUUGUUCAGUUUUUUUUUUGAUUCCUCAAAGUUUAUUUUAAACCAAAUUUUAUACUUGUUCUUGUUUUCUACAUCUUUCUCUCCCUCUGCUCGUUCUUUUAUACAGUUCCUUAUCUCACGCUUGCUCUCCUCUCUGUCUGUAACAUCUGUUGACAUAAUGGGCUCAGAUUUCAAGCUCGAGUAGACGCAGUCACCAUGCAGCCGCUCUGGCUGGGUACGACAGCCCGAAGAGGAAAGGCAUGCUGCUCGGACACUGAGAGAGAGAGAGAGACUGAACAGUAAUGCUGCUGAGAGAAGACAGGCACAGAGGGUAAUACUCACUGGCACAAAAAGCUCAAGCUGCCAUGUAAAUGGAUCACUUGGCCUGAUUCUUCAGCUCUCUUUUUUUUAUGGCAGUCAAACAUGUGCUGUUUUAUUAAAUAUUGUCAGGAUUAUCUGGGAAGAACUUUGUAUUCACUGAGGCUUUUGACGGGGGAAACCUUUACAGAUAUUAAUUCAUGCUGUUUGUUUAAUCACUUUUUCUUCAAAGCACAAAUCUUUGACCCUCCAUUAAUCGUGGCAACCAAAUGAAAUGUUAGUCAACCUAUUAAACGCGUUGAUAUGGA